UGGCAUUUGUACAAUUUGGGGACAAUACACGAAAGGUGGAAAAAGUCUGAGCUUUAAAACAAUACCCUUGUAUUUUACUAUUUAGUUGAGGACUAAUUUCGCUGAGAGAAUCAUGUAUGUGUUAGUAGAGUUCGAAAAGUAUUCUACAAAUAUUUAUCCGGAAAAUAAUGUUCUUUUAAAAGAAAACGAUAAGUGCAUUGUGAGACAUAAAGGAACCAAAUAUGAGGCAUCUGUUUUAUUAAUGCACGAAUCGAAGGAGUACUUAGAAAAAUAUGCAGAGACUUUAUAUGCAGUUCAAAGCGAGACCACCAAAGAAAACGAGGAAAACAACUUGUCUAUGGACCUGAGCAAUUUUUCCAUAGGCUCAGAAUUUAUUAACAUUAAUUCUUCUUCUUCAAUGCUACAAACGUCCGUUCAAGAUGUCAGUGUGGAAAUGGAAGAGUUUGUUAACAUUAAUUCUUCUUCAAUGCUGCAAAUGUCCGGUCAAGAUGUUAGUGUCGAAAUUGAAAAAUUUGAAAACAUCAAUUCUUCUUCUUUUUUAAUAUUACAAACGUCUAUUCAAGAUGCCGUAGCAAUGGAAGAUGAAGAAAAUAUAGGUGAUAAUAAGCUAUCGGAAUCACCUACUGGAUUUUCUGAUAAUUCUAUUGAUGACCCCAUGUAUCAACCAGAUGAGGAAAAAGAAUGUAGCUCAGAACAUAGUGACGUAGCAGAUGAAUCUAGCUCUUUAAAUUCUAAAAACAAUAUAUCCAAUAAUUUGUUGGAGAGGUCAAUUGAUACAACAAUUAACACUUGUGACGACAAAAACCUUCUUGUGUCAGUAUCCAAAGCGAGUGGAGGUGGUGAAAAACUGAAUGUUUGCAUGUUUUGUUAUAAAAAGCAAACCAAACUUGCACGACACUUAGAAACUGUUCAUAAGAAUGAAGAUGAAGUGAAGAAAUUCAAAAAUUUACCGAAGGGUUGCAAAGAACGAACUGAUAUCAUUGGCCUCUUAAGGAAAAAAGGUAAUUUCAAGUACAAUACAAGUGCAUGUCUAAAUGACGGUAAUCUAAUAGUUUCAAGAAGACCAAAUGCUAAGAAGUUGAGGAAGGCAACUGAUUUCUUACCUUGUGUUAAAUGUAAGGCAUUCUUUUCCAAGAAUAGUUUGAGGGUUCAUUUUAAAGCUUGCACUGGAAUUUCUAGUGCCAGAAACCGUUGCGUUAUAGUAACCGGAAAAAAAAUUGCUGCAAGGUUACAUUGUACAGCCAAUAAAAUGGUAAGGGAAAAACUUUUUCCACCUCUUAGAGAUGACGAUAUUGUAGAUUUAAUAAAAUACGAUGAAUUAGUCAUUGUUUAUGCCAAUAAAAUGUGCGAGAAAUAUCGAAAUGAACGGUACUGCGAAAUGAUCCGGCAACGUAUGCGAUUAAUUGGAAGAUUUUUAAAAGCCUUGAAGGAGAUCAAUAAGGAUAUUCAGAAUUUGACAGAUGUUUUCGAACCAAAAUACUGCCAAGAUACAAUAAGGGUAAUUAAUAAAUUGGCAGGAGCCAAUGACGAUACUGGUCAUUUUCAAAAUCCUACAGUUGCUUCAUCAUUAGGUACCAUACUCAAAUACAUUUCAAAAAUUUUGAUUAACCAAUGUAUUAUUAAGCACGAUGAUGAAAAGCGAAAAAAUACAAAAAACUUCUUACUACUAUUUACCCAAGAAAUUGAGAUUAAUGUAACAAGAACAGUGACUGAAUCGCAAGUUCAUAUGAGAAGACAAAAAACAGUUGAUUUACCUUUGACAAGUGACAUCAGAAAGUUUUAUAUGUAUUUACAAAAAAAUUUAGAAAUAACAUAUAAUAAAUUAAAACAAAAAUUUGAUAUUUCCACCUGGCUGAACCUAUCAGAAUACACUCUUCUUAGUAUUCAGGUCUUUAACCGAAGAAGACCUGGUGAGCUAGAACGAAUACUAAUUGAGGAUUUCAAGAAAUACGAAGGAAUCAAUGACGUACAAAAGGAUACACUGUUAUCUGAAGAAACCCAAAAAAUGGUUGAGCGUUAUGUACGUUUUCUAAUAAGAGGAAAAUUGAAUCGAACAGUUCCUGUAAUUUUAGAUAAAAAACAAGUCCAGUGUAUAGAACUUCUCCUGAAAUACCGGAGCCAAGCAAAAAUAGAUCAAAAGAAUCAAUAUGUAUUUGCGGUACCUGGCGUAAAAAAUGCAAAAUACUUGCGAGCCUGUAAUAUUAUACGCAAACAUGCAGUUCUCUGCGGGGCAGAGCAUCCAGAAAGGUUAAGGGGAACAAAAUUACGCAAACAUAUCGCAACCACCUGUAUAAAAUUAAAUUUAGAAGAAGAUGAAGUUACAGAUCUUGCAAAUUUUAUGGGGCAUGAUGAAAAAAUUCAUAGGAAUAUAUAUAGACAACCCGUGGCUUCACGAGAUAUUUUACGGGUGUCAAGACUACUCGAAGUUGCUCAAGGAAGGAAUGAAGAAGACAAAGAAAAUAGUAGCGAUGAAAGUAGUGAAGGGGAAGAACCGGUAAAAACACCAAGAAAAAAAAGAUCAACAUCUCCAUAUGGAUUUGUUAAUAGGAGAAGAUGGACCCCUGAUGAAACUGCAACAGCAUUAAACGAAUUUGAAAAAAAUUUAAAAAAUAAAAAAUUACCAUCAUUUAAAGAAAUACAGGAAAUUAAAUCGAAAUGCCCGAUACUGAGUCGACGAUCUUCUCCGCAAAUAAAAACCUGGUUACACAAUCAAUUUAAAAAACGUGGAGGAAAAUAAAAACUCGUUUGGAGCAAUUUAGGCAUAUUACAAAUCAGUUCGUUUUUAUUUUAAAUUCAUUUCAAACGCUUAUUUAAUAUUUUUUAAAUUAAUC